AUGAAACCUGCCCGACAGAAGCAAUGGGAAAGAAACUGCGCAGCGUUGGGUGAUGCCAGGUUCCAGAAAACGUAUCAGUUGCAGGACGAAAUUAUAGGAGAAGGUGAGUCGGUUCGAAAUCUCCCAGCUUGAAAAUUGUGUCUUUUAGGAUCUUUCGGUACAGUAAUCGGUGCAAAGUGCCGGCUCACACAGGAGAAAAGGGCAGUCAAAGCCAUUCGGCGGAUAGAGAAAAUGAAUAUGCUCUCAAUCGAGCUUGAACUGCUCUGCGAGCUUGGAGGUCACUUCAAUAUUGUGAAACUGUUUGAGUUCUAUCACGGAAACGGUUCCAUCGCUCUAAUACUCGAGUUCUUUCCACAUGUCACUGCUCUUGAACUAGUGAUGAACUCGCGGAGGGAUCUCGCAUUCGCACUCCACUACAUUCGGAACCUCUUCUCCGCCGUCGCCUACCUUCAUCUGAAUGGAUACGUGCAUCGUGACAUUAAACUUUCCAAUUUCCUGUAUUCACCGCACACUAACAGGUUUUAGAGAAUGGAAAUUUCUACCCGGAAAGAAUUUAUUUCAUUUUCAGCUUCCGACUCGUCGAUUUCGGACUCGCAGUGAAAGAUCGAUCGGCCAACGAAUGUCCGAGAGUGAGCAUUGGGUGAAUUAUCCGAAAGGAACAAGAUUGCAGGAAACGGCGGUGGCUGCGAUGGACAGAGACAAGGAAUGCACUACGUGCGGCCGGACUUCAAGCCCUUGUAUUUUAUGCAGAGCAAAGCCGAAGCGAGACUCAUAUCACGUGGUUAGCAUUUUCAAAAAAAAAAAAACAUUCCGGAUUACCUUUUUUUUUUCUUUUGCAGGUCGGCACACCGGGAGUCCGUGCUCCGGAGCUUCUCUUCGGACUGGGCCUCUGCAAUCCAUCAGUGGACAUUUUCUCGUGCGGAAUUGUGCUUCUCUCACUCGUUUCUGCCAAACAUCCCUUUUUCAUGCCAAAAGAUGAAACCGAGAAUAUUAUGAACCUGGCCUUCCUUCUUGGAUCAGAAACAAUUGAAAAUGUAUAUAAAAAAAGUUUUUCCAAUUAAUUUUCUCUCGUUGCAGAUGGCAAAAAAGGAAGGAAUGCGAGUGACUAUUUCGGAAAGAUUACCUCCUGCCGACUACUAUCAUCUGGUUCUGUCUCUCCGGUUCGGAUUCGACCACGUCCGCCGGCACUGCCAAUCGCAGCUUCCGUGCGAAUCAUGCCGGAAGCGUUCCUUCAACAAUCCGGCCGGCGUCUGUUUCUGUAGCUCGAUAUUCAUUUUAGCGCCUAUCAUCUCUAUUUUCCAGGUCGAAAUAACUACGAUACAGACAUGUUCUCAACUGGUCGAGGCGACAACGAACUGAUGGCGCUCUACGUGGAUCUACUGUAUCGAACCCUUGAGGUUUUGUUUGAAACUCAGUAGUAUUUUCAUCUCCAUUUUCAGCCCGACCGUUUCAAACGAUACAAUGCCGAUCAGCUGCUCCGUCUCAUUGAAUACUACGACUCGCGGGUGAACUUCCGAGCGAAACCACUCACGAAUCGCGAUGACAUCUAG